AUGGAGCGGAUUCUUGUCAAUCCUGUUGUUCCCGGGUUCGCCCCUGAUCCUUCUAUUGUUUACGUGGACGGCACCUAUUUUCUUGUCAACUCGAGCUUUCACAUUUUCCCCGGCUUGCCGAUAUAUGCCUCAAGAGACUUGAGAGAGUGGAAGCACAUUGGCAAUGCGUUUAACAGGCCUGGGCAGUUGAGUCUUCAACAGUCUGUGACCAAGAUCGUCGGCCCCGAGGAUCCAGACGAGAGGGUCUGUGCCGAAGGUGGUCUCUACGCUCCUACGAUCCGAUACCACCAGGGAACAUUUUAUGUUGUGUGCACCAAUGUUGUACAUACACUGUCUCAGGCGCCGACCGAGAGCGAACAUCACAACUUCAUACUAUCGACAACCGACAUCUGGGCCAAUGAAUGGAGCGACCCUGUAUUCUAUGAUUUCGAUGCCAUCGAUACUAGCCUAUUCUGGGAUGAUGAUGGCCGGGUCUAUGUGAUUGGGGCGUCUGGUCCGCCGCCAGAGACCACAAUUCGCCAAUUCGAGAUUGACCUCGACACCGGCAAGAAGCUGUCUGAGGAGAAGUUGCUCUGGGAGGGUAUCACCAAGGUAUACCCUGAGGGUCCCCAUAUGUAUAAGAAGGAUGGAUGGUAUUAUCUUCUUAUUGCCGAGGGUGGCUGCUUUGCCGACCAUCACACUAUAAUGGCUAGGUCGCGGGACAUUUGGGGGCCGUAUGAACCAAACGCGGCCAACCCGGUUCUGGGCAAGACGGAUCAAGAAGGGUAUAUCCAAUACACGGGCCAUGGGGACCUUUUUCAACAUCCCUCCGGCCAAUGGUACUUUCUGUGCCUGGGCGUGAGGAAGAACAAUGGCCGUUUCAUCAUGGGGCGCGAAUCUUUCCUCACCACAGCUACCUGGCCCAAUGGCAAAUAUCCAGUCAUUGACAAGGUUGAACUGGAUGUUUCGCUUCCCAUGACACGGGACCUUUCUUUCCAGUGGCCCGUCCGGCGGCGCCCAGAUGUCGCUCUCGUCCAUAUCCGCGACCCUAUCGUCGAGAACUACGAGUACGAUGGAAACAGCCUCAUCUUGAAAGCUAGCAAAGCGGACCUUCUGAACCCGGAGGCACCGGUGACGUUUAUCGGAAAACGCCAAAGACACCUGCAUGGCUCGGCUUCGGCGACAUUAGGGCCCCUCGACCAGCUGGCUACGGGCGGCUCCAGUCUCAGGACUGGGCUAUGCUACUACAAGGACGAACAUCGCUUCAUACGCAUAUUCCUAGAUUUCGACUUAAUGGAGGUUGUUCUGGAGAUUAUCAACGGCGCUAGGUCCAUCGAACGAAGGUCAUCCCGGAGCCUGAACGUAGGCAAGGGCGUGAAGACGACAUUUGGCAUUAACUACACCGAACUAGGUUUUACGUUCUGGUUCUCCGUUGACGGUGCAGCGACAAAAGAGGAGCUCGGAAGGAUAGACAGUCUGGAAAUGACAGGGCAUGACUUCGUGGGGCCUAUCAUCGGCAUGUACGCCGUCAGCGACAGCGAGGUCAAGGUGCGGUACUCUGAUUUUCAGGUGGAGGACAUGUGA